AUGGAUAAAGAAAAACUUGUUACUGCGCAACAGCCAUGUGGUUUAACCGUGCAUGGUAAAUCCAAAGUACACAUAUUUCCGUAUGGGUUAAUGAUAGUUAGUAAUGAUGCCAUUGAUGACAUACCUUUUGCAGAUCGAAACAAUAAUUCUAAAUGGGAAAAUAGAGAUGGGUUUCUCAGAGAAAAGUUGACGCUCGAUAUGUUGUUUCAUAAACAAGAUGCUAACCGGAUCUCGGCGACUUAUUUCCAAAAAAGGGGAACUUCCAUUAAGUCAAUUGAUAACCUUUUAUCCAUUAGCUUUUGCUUCGCCAAUUGGACAAUCAACCCUUUGUCGAAAAAGAAAAAAAAAGAAAGAAAUGUACUUAUUCGAUUUGAACCUUCAUGA